AAUAAACGGCUUUGGAUAGUGUAGUACCGUUGUUUCUAAUAGAGGGCGCCGCUCGGCAGUGCGAGCCUCCCGGCCUUUGGAUCUUUGUCUGAAAACUGGAUCCCGCUGCCGCUUCACAGUGUGCGCGAUUUGCUUUUGAGCCGCCUCCGUUGCACACUGUGAAACCACUCCAAAACGAACUUCGGCCAAAACAAUUCAAUUACCGUUUAGUGCAAUGGCGAUGUCGUUUCGCCGUCGAAACGGAUCGUAAUUCGGACGGUCGGUUUAGAACUUAUAGAGGGCUAAAUCGGCUUGUGUUUUCUGUGUUGUAGUCUGUACCAGUCAUUAGCGGGCUGUCGCUCCCUUCGCCUUAUUUCUUUAACUUUUUAAACACUCGGCUUCGCGAAUGACUGAGCGCCGGUGGAGUAUGGGAUCCUGGGCGUCUUAGGAAGCGAAGGAGCGGGGUUUUAACAGCUUUUCAUACAUUGAAAAAAUGGCAAACUCGACGGGGAAAAAUCAGCCAGAUCAGCGAAGGAAAGGACUAGCUUUCCUGGACGAACUGCGGCAGUUUCACCAAAGCAGAGGCUCGCCGAUCAAGAAGAUCCCGGUCGUGGGUGGGAGAGAGCUGGAUCUCAAUGCUCUCUACACCCGAGUCGUUUCUUUAGGCGGAUUUGCGAAGGUUUCGGACAAGAACCUGUGGUCCGAGCUCGGCGAAGAUUUUAAUUUCCCCAGGAGCUGCUCCAACGCCGCUUUCGUCCUGAAGCAGUAUUACCUGCGCUAUUUGGAGAAGUAUGAGAAGGUCCAUCACUUCGGGGAGGAUGAGGAGGAGGCACAACCUGGCAACCCCAAGCCGUCUCUUCCAGUGGGGGCCUUUUCCUGCUCCUACAACUACCAGCAGCACAUUGUAUCAGAUUACCUUCGUCAAAGUUACGGCUUGUCUAUGGAGUUCAUGCCGCCGUCUGAUUACAACAAGUUGGUGCUCUCUCUCCUCUCCGGCCUCCCCAACGAGGUCGACUUCGCUAUCAACGUUUGCACUCUUUUGUCCAACGAAAGCAAGCACGUCAUGCAGCUGGAGAAGGACCCCAAACUCAUCACGCUGCUGCUGGCUCACGCCGGCGUCUUCGAUGACACCUUAGGAAGUUUUUCAGUUGUAUUUGGGAUGGAUUGGAAGGAGAAGACAUCCCGAGACUUUGUGAAGUUUUGGAAGGACAUCGUUGAUGAUGCUGAAGUUCGGGACCUCAUUUCUGACAGGAGCACCAAAUCGCAAGAUGGUACAGGAAACGAAGGGGCGUGGGAUGCCCUGUUCCACCCACCGCGGGAUGUCGGCAUCAACGACGUCGAGGGCCAGAGGGUUCUCCAGAUCGCAGUCAUCCUACGCAACCUGUCCUUCGAGGAGGCCAACGUCAGACUUCUGGCAGCUAAUCGCACUUGUCUGAGAUUCCUCCUCCUGUGUGCCCACUGUCACUUCGUGUCGCUACGGCAACUGGGGUUGGACACGCUGGGCAACGUGGCGGCAGAGCUUCAGCUGGAUCCCGUCGAUUUCCGAACUACCCAUCUUAUGUUCCACACCAUCACCAAAUGCUUAAUGUCGAGGGACAGGUUUUUGAAAAUGAGAGCCAUGGAGAUUUUGGCAAACCUCAGUAAAGGGGAGGAUAACGCCGUCCUCAUUUGUGAGUAUGUGGACCAGGAGUCCUACCGAGAGGUCAUCCUCCACCUCACUCUCCCAGACGUGAUGCUGGUCAUCUCCUCACUGGAGGUGCUGUACCAGCUGGCGGAGCUGGGCGAGCUCACCUGCACAAAGAUCGCCUCGGUGGACCGGAGCAUAGAUCUCCUAGUGCGUCUCGUAUCCGUAGAUAUCCACACCUUUGGGCCAGAUGCUGUGACAGCCGUUAAACUCGUGGAGCACCAGAGCUCCAGCGGACAAUCAGUGUCCGAGGUGCGACCCCAGCUGCUGGAGCACCUGCCCCCACAAAUGCAGAGCACACCCGUGCCAGCAGUGUCGCGGGUCCCGGCACAGUCGGCUCCUGCGGUGCCCGGCAUUGUGGAGAUCGACGGCGAGAAGUUCGCAACUCAGUGGUUACACGCACACUUCGAGACGCACGCCGAUGGCUCCGUCUCGCGCUCUGAGAUGUACUCGGAGUACCUCUCCACGUGCAGCAAGUUGGCACGGGCUGGCAUCCUGACUUCCACUGGCUUCUACAAAUGCUUGAGGAACAUCUUCCCAAACCACACGGUGCGGAGGGUGGAGGAGCCCAAGGCGGUGGGCCAGGCCCACAUCCACGUGGUGGGGGUCCGGCGGAGGGCCAUCCCCCUGCCUGUCCAGCUCUACUACCAACAGCAGGCUGUGGCCGGCGCAGUACCCGGCCCCAGCCUGGCGGCAGAGCCCCCGCCCGUGCCCUUGCCAGGUGUGCCCCCUGGGACGCAGUUCCAUCAGGCGCCCGUCGGGAACCCCAGCUUCGCGGUACAGGGGGCGGCAAUCGCCCACAGGCUGCCUCAAAACCCGCCUGCCCAGCCCCUGCUGCACCAGAACCCCACGGUGACCGGCGUGCCCGGCAAACCUGGAGACACUGUGAAGGCGGCGGCCAUUCAGAGCCCGGUUCCUGCUUCUGUCGUGCCGGUUGUCCCCAACCACAGCUCCGCGGCCCUGCCACCUGUCCUCCCGUCGGGGACACCCGUCGCUGUGUUCCAGCCGGGCAUCUCCCAGGCACACAUCUUGGCGGGCCGGGUACAGGGCGUCUGCCCCCCCGGAGGCUCCACACAGCCCGGCCCGCCCCAGGAGGCCCUGGUACUGGCUGCCUCUGCGCCCUGCUCCUCCCUUCCGAGCUUCCAGGUGGCUGGCGGCCAGGUCUUCACCAUCGCGGGUGUCUCCAACCCUCAGGGGUCACGUGUCACCUUCCAGAACAUCGCCCCCAAGCCCGUGCCACCGCAGGUGCCGUCCCUACCCGCAGCCCCGCCCCCGCAGCCCAUCCCGCAGCCGCAGCAGCAGGGCGUGGUCAUCAUGGGGGCGGGGCCCCCGCAGGGCCAAGCUUUCGCGCCAGCCAUCCACCAGAUAGUGCUGGCCAACCCUUCCUCUGUCCCAGGGACCCAAACUGUACAGAUAACCGGGCAACCGGGUGUCCCCCCUGCCGCCCCCGUGUCCCCCUGCACCUCGGCACCUGGUCAAGUCCCCCAAGGUGCUUCCCAGGGCCCCCUACCCACGGUCAGCCAGAUGCUCUCUGUGAAACGGCAGCAGCAGCUCCAGCUCCACCACAACCCCCACCCGCCGCCUCCUCCGCCGCCUCCCCCCCAGGCGGCCCCUGCCGAAUCCAGCCUCAUCAAACAGUUACUCCUCCCAAAGCGUGGCCCCUCUACCCCGGGGGGCAAACUCAUCCUCCCCGCACCCCAGAUCCCCCCUCCCAACAACACGAGGGCGUCCAGUCCGCAGGUGGUGUACCAGGUCACGAACAGCCAAAACCCCGGUUUCGGCGUACAGGGCCCGGCGCAGCAACAGCACCUGCUGGUCGGCCAGCAGAAUGUGCAGCUGGUUCCAGGCCCCCUGCAGCCCCAGGGCCCUGUGCAGACUGUGCCCAUUUCCAACCUGCAACUGCUCCCCGGACAGCUUAUUUCCACAAGUAGCUCCACAACCAUAAUCCAAGGUACUCCUGGUAACCAGGUGACUUUUACGGUGGUGCCAAACACGGGGUUCUCGACGGGCGCAGUCGGCAGCAGCGGCGGCUCGCAGGUCAUGGCCCCAGCCACCAUCUCCCUCGGUGGCUCGCAGCCUGCGCUGGGCCUGCACGUCCAGGCCCUCAACCAGUCACCGGCGGGAUCGAUGAACGCGGUCCCGGCGCCGCCCUUCCGAGGCGACAAGAUCAUCUGCCAAAAGGAGGAGGAGGCCAAGGACGCCACGGGGCUCCACGUGCAUGAGCGGAAGAUCGAGGUGAUGGAGAACUCCUCGCUCAUGGAGGGCUCUCCCAAGGCGAGCAACGGUAAUGCCGCGGAGGCCGAGGGGCCGGCAGCUAAUGACGGUGCCGCUGCCACCAAGCUGGUCAACGGGAGAAGGUGCGUCGACUUGAGUCUACCUCCUUUCAACUCAGGGAAAAGCCCGUCGGAGGCUGGCGAGGGCACACAGGUAGUCAAUGGACCUCAGGCCGAGGCCGCUGAGGGCCCCGCCAACGGCGUGCAGGCGAAGGGGCCGGCAGACGCUCCGGAGACGAGAGGCCUCGUCAAUGGUGUCUGCGACCCCGACCGAGGAGACAGUUCUCACUUCAGCAAAAACAUUCCAAAUCACAAAGCUUCCAAGCGCUUGGGAAACGGAGAAAUCGCCCGACAGAAGCCGCAGAAGAACCCGGACCCCCCCCAGCACGACACUGCCAAAGUGGAUCCGUCGGAGCGGACGCCAAACGGCCCUCUGCCGGUCAACAGCUCCCUGCCUGGUGCCAACACGCUGGCGGGGAUGGCGCCCCCUGUCUGCUUGGAGGGCACCAGCAAUAGCACCGAGCUUGCUAAUGGACCCGUAGUACUGAGCCCCAGCUCGGACUCACCCCCAGUGAAGCAGCAGCAGCAGGUUUCUGCCCCGGUGACCACUGUAAACUCCCUAACAGCCCCGGCCCUGCCCACCAACGGCUCCAGCGACAGCCGGGGCGCCAAACGGCCGGCGGAUGACAUGGACCGGGGGACCCUUUCGGGCAUCCCUAAUAAAGUGGGCGUGCGCAUAGUGACUAUUAGCGACCCCAACAACGCUGGCUGCAGCGCCACCAUGGUGGCCGUGCCGGCGGGGGCAGACCCCAGUGCAGUGGCAAAAGUAGCAAUAGAGAACGCGGCGCAGCAGAAGCAGAGCGCGUCCUCGGCGGUGCAGAGCAGCCUGCCACAGCCGUCACCAAUGGCUCCAACGCCUCCGCAUCCCCAUCCCACCCAGACCAGCACAGGGAUCUCCAGUCCACCUCUGGCUGGACCACAGGCCCCAGCAGAACCAGCUGAACAGGCCCGGAAACCGGGCCAGAACUUCAAGUGCUUGUGGCAGUCCUGUAAACGGUGGUUCGAGACGCCGUCCCAGGUGUUCUACCACGCUGCCACACUGCACGGCGCCAAGGAGCUCUACCCUGGCCAGUGUCUCUGGGAAGGCUGUGAACCCUUUCCCCGCCAGAGGCUGUCUUUCAUCACCCACCUGCAGGACAAGCACUGCUCACGGGAUGCCCUGCUGGCCGGACUGAAGCUGGAGGAGCAGAUGCUCAGCGGCGGUCCGAACGCUUCCAAGCCGCUGGCUGACAAUGCCCCCACCCCCCGGCAGAAGCCUGUGUCCAGUCAUCCCAGUGCUGCCCUCAUGGCCCUCAGGCGUGGCUCUCGCAACCUGGCCUUCAGGGACUUCACUGACGAGAAGGAGGGACCAAUAACCAAACACAUCAGACUGACUGCUGCCUUAAUAUUAAAGAACAUCGCUAAGCAUUCAGGCCGUGGGCAGAGGUUGGUGAAGCGGCAUGAGAGCCAGCUGUCCGUGUUGGCGCUCAGUAACAUGGAGGUGUCCACCACACUUGCCAAAUGCCUUUAUGAACUUACGCGCUCCCUCCAGGCGUGAGCAGGUGCCAGGACUGGGACUCGUCAAGUGAGUCAGUUCUGCUUCUCUCCCGCUGACCAGGGGAGAGAAGCUGGAUCCAAAAAAAAAAAAAAAAAACCUAAAUAAAUAUAAAUAAAUAAAAGGAAAAGGAGGCUCGAGGCCUCGUUACUGAAGACGGCCUUUGAAGGAGGGUGGGGAGAGGAUGCCACGGGCCGGGAAACUCCACAGCUCCUACCGUCUGAGGUUCGAUCAGCCAACACAGGCGUCCUCUCCACACACUGCCACAGGAUCUUCCACCAGCUGUUCGGGGGGGGGGGGGGGGGGGCAUUCGGACGCAGCCCUGAAGGGAAGAGUUUCCUUACCAGCCACAUUGCUCCAUACUUUACAAUCAGACAAGAUUUUUAUUCCCAGACCAAUAUGAGCACAUUUUUUGUAACCCUGGGACAGUUUGGCUGAACCGGUUUGCAUACGAGUUCCUGAGGGGGGGCUGGGGGAGAGUUCAGCGAAGUCGGUGCUGCAGCAAACAACUGGACAGGUGGCUGUUCUUCAUAACUCGGUAGCUUGGUUUUCUUACUUGAGCUGAUAUAUUUUCACUUAUUUAUUAUUGAAAUGAAUACCAAUAUGGUUAAAUGAAAAUCCUGUAAAUGUCUGUGAAUAUUUAUAUAUAUAAAUAUAUAUAUAGAUAUAUAAAUGAGAAAUGAGUUCAUUUCCACGCCUCUGCAGCCACGGGUUAGGUGCUCUGUGGUGUCAUAAGAAGCAUUACUUUGGUAGAUUUUAUAAUGCUCCCUGUCACUUGUAUCAGAUGUGAUGUACACUCAGCAGUGGAUGAAUGUUCUUAGAAAAACUGUACAUAUUUCUGCAAAGGUACUGAUGCUGUAAAGUUUUUUUUGGGGGGGGUGGGGGGGGGAUAUGGUUUUUGUGGAACUUCUUUUUUUUUGUAUAAUAUACCUUGUAGGACUCAUUUUGCUGGCUGAAAGAGUAUGGAAUAAUAUAUCUUGUCAUUUUUGUAGAAGAAAAACUAUUCAAGAUAUUUUUCCCCCCUAACAUGUAUCCAUUGUAAAAGUUUGUCAUUGUACAAGCGCAAUGCUUGAACAAAAUUCUUUUUGUAUUUGUAAAUUGGUUUAAAUACAUGGAGUUUUAUACAGGUUUACUCCUGUGUUAUAUUUGCUUUUUUGUGCAGGUAUGAUAUUUUCUUCACGACCUUUUCUAUCUUAAUAUAGUGUGGAGUUUUAGUAUACUAUUUUUUUUGUUUGUUUUUUCAUUCUUACUACCAUGCCACAUUCCGGCCUGUGUCCCCAGACUGUCUCCUUUACAGUGUGUUGUGUGUGACAUAACUGCCUGUUCUAUUAGCAUAUGAAUGGGGAUCUUUGACCCUCCACCAUUUCUGCUGUGUCAGUAGGGUGUGCGAUAUGAAUAGACCUAACAGUCUGUUAGAUUGCCUUUAUUUACUUUGGUGACUGUUUAUAGUUUUUAAAUAAAAGACUGAACCUUUUUUGUCCUUUUUUUAUGUUGAACUCUUAACAGUUAACUGGAUGUGUGAGAUUGAGGUCUUUUCUCUAUCAACAGUUGGAAGUGUCUACAUUUAUUCGCUAUAGGUUAGCACAACAGCCCAGACUUGGUCAGGCUGUUGUGAAGAUAUUUUUUGUAUUGAAAAUUUUACUUUUUCCACAAAGUUUGUACAUUUUGAGUAACACCAAUAAAGCCCAUCUUUAAAACA